AUGAAACUCACACUCCUCAGCCUGACAACCUUCCUCCUGACCGUCUCUGUCUCAGCUGUACAUCCCCUCCCCAUCCCAUUCCCUCGCCCCGAGUUGACAAGGCAGCAGAUCCCAACCCCCACCGUCUUCGAAAACCGCCAACCCCACGAAAUCCACCAACACCACCAUCACCACCACGGUGCGUCCGGCUCCCCCAUGACGCUGGAGAAGAUGAAGCGAGAGGCCACGCCCCACGAAGUUUUCGAACAUCACCACCAUCAUCACGCGGAUGGGACGGAGAUGACGAGUGCGGAGAUGGAGGAUAUGAAGGGGAAGAGGGGAGCGCACGAGGGGCAUUUGGGGGAGGGGAUGCAAGAGGCGAGGGAGGAUGGGGAUAUUUAUGGGACGUUGUGGUAG